AGUGAGAGGAGGAGGAGAAGAAGAAGAAGAAGAAGAAGAAGAAGAGAGGGAAGGUACGGAUGGCUAUGAUGUGGUCGUCAGCCUCCGCCACCGCCGUCACCACGCUGCCGACGAGGCCCAUCCCUGGAAGCUACGGCCCGCCGCUGGUGGGCCCCCUCAAGGACCGCCUCGACUACUUCUGGUUUCAGGGACCGGAGACCUUCUUCCGCAGCCGGAUGGCCACCCACAAGAGCACCGUGUUCCGCACCAACAUGCCCCCCACCUUCCCCUUCUUCGUUGGAGUCGACCCCCGCGUGGUCACCGUCCUCGACUGCACAUCCUUCUCCGCCCUCUUCGACCUCGAGGUCGUGGAGAAGAAGAACAUUCUCAUCGGGGACUACAUGCCCAGCCUCAGCUUCACCGGCGACACCCGCGUCGUCGUGUACCUCGACCCCUCCGAGCCCGACCACGCCCGCGUCAAGAGCUUCUGCUUGGAACUCCUCAGGCGCGGCGCCAAGACCUGGGUCUCCUCGUUCCUCUCGAACCUCGAUGUCAUGCUCGCCACCAUAGAGCAGGGGAUCGCCAAGGAUGGCUCCGCCGGCUUAUUCGGCCCGCUGCAGAAGUGCAUCUUCGCGUUCCUCUGCAAGAGCAUCAUCGGGGCCGACCCGUCGGUGUCGCCCGACGUGGGAGAAAAUGGCUUCGUCAUGCUCGACAAGUGGCUCGCGCUGCAGCUCCUCCCGACGGUGAAGGUCGGGGCCAUCCCGCAACCCCUGGAGGAGAUCCUCCUCCACUCCUUCCCCCUCCCCUUCUUCCUCGUGAGCCGCGAUUACCGGAAGCUGUACGAAUUCGUCGAGAAGCAAGGCCAAGAGGUUGUCCAGCGAGCGGAAACCGAGCACGGGCUCAGCAAGCACGACGCCAUCAACAACAUCUUGUUCGUCCUAGGAUUCAACGCCUUCGGCGGCUUCUCGGUCUUCUUCCCCACGCUCCUGACCACCAUAGGGAGGGACAAGACGGGCCUGCGGGAGAAGCUCAAGGACGAGGUGCGCAGGGUCAUGAAGAGUAGAGGGGAGAAGCGGCCGAGCUUCGAGACGGUGCGGGAGAUGGAGCUGGUGCGAUCGACGGUGUACGAGGUCCUGCGGCUGAACCCGCCGGUGCCGCUGCAGUACGGGCGGGCGCGCACCGACUUCACGCUGAACUCCCACGACGCGGCGUUCAAGGUUGAGAAGGGGGAGUUGCUGUGCGGGUACCAGCCGCUGGUGAUGCGGGAUCCAGCGGUGUUCGACGACCCGGAGACGUUCGCCCCGGAAAGGUUCAUGGGCAGCGGGAAGGAGCUGCUCAAGUACGUCUUCUGGUCCAACGGGCCGGAGACGGGUACGCCGACGCCGGCCAACAAGCAGUGCGCCGCGAAGGACUACGUGGUGGAGACGGCGUGCCUGCUGAUGGCGGAGAUCUUCUACCGCUACGACGAGUUCGUGUGCGCCGACGACGCCAUCUCAGUGACGAAGCUGGAUAGAGCGACAGAAAGGGAGUAAACGGUAUUCAAGUCGGAAGCGACAUAAGGAGACGGCCAACUCCACCGUUGCUAAUUCAAGUCGUACUCCAAAUCGGUAUUCAUAUCAUCGUUCCAUUGGGGUGAUGAAGAGAUAAAUAAAUUUUGACGUUGCAGGAGGCUACAUGCAAACUGCUUUCAAAUAAAACUAGUAAUGUGACACCUUGGUUGAUUGAUGUUUGUAAGUACAUUUUGUCUUAUGUC